GUGCCCCACUGUUGCGUACUCGGAGCGUCUCCUCACUCCGCCCCGCAACCCCGCCGCGCUGCCGCGCGCCUCCGAGCGCCGCGCAUGCCUCCUGGAGGCGGCCGUGCUCUGUGACGUCACUGCCGGAAGCGCCGCCCCGCCGCCCCUGGCCCGGCGUUCCGCUCGGCUCGGAGCCGGGCCGCGCCAUGAGCAAGCGGAAGGCUCCGCAGGGGAGCCCCAACGAGGGUAUCACCGACUUCCUGACCGAACUGGCCAAUUACGAGCGCAACGUGAACCGGGCCGUUCACAAGUACAACGCCUACAGGAAAGCAGCCUCGGUUAUUUCCCGGUACCCCAGCAAGAUACGGAGCGGGGCCGAAGCCAAGACGCUGGAUGGAGUAGGUGCUAAAAUAGCUGAGAAGAUAGAUGAGUUCUUAUCCACUGGGAAACUACGCAAAUUGGAAAAGAUUCGACAAGAUGAUACGAGCGCAUCUAUCAGUCUCCUGACACGAGUUACUGGCAUUGGUCCUGCUGCUGCUAGGAAGUUUGUUGAGGAAGGAAUUAAGACUUUAGAAGAUCUAAGAAAAAAUGAGCAUAAGCUGACCCAUCACCAGCGAAUUGGGUUAAGAUAUUUUGAAGACUUCGAGAAAAGAAUCCCGAGGGAGGAAAUGCUGCAAAUGCAGGAAAUUGUGCUAAAAGAGGUAAAGAAGCUGGACCCAAACUAUAUUGCUACAGUCUGCGGCAGUUUUAGACGAGGCGCGGAGUCGAGCGGUGAUAUGGAUGUUCUCCUAACCCAUCCAAGUUUCACAUCUGAAUCAUCUAAGCAGUCAAAACUUUUGCGUCAAGUUGUAGAACAACUGGAAAAAGUUCGCUUUGUCACAGAUAUGCUGUCUAAAGGUGACACCAAAUUCAUGGGCGUUUGUCAGCUGCCAAAUAAAGAAGAUGGAACAGCCUAUCCACACAGGAGAAUUGACAUCCGGCUUAUCCCCAAAGAUCAGUAUUACUGUGGUGUACUCUAUUUCACAGGAAGUGACAUAUUCAAUAAGAACAUGAGAACUCAUGCUCUGGAAAUGGGCUUCACAAUCAAUGAGUACACAAUCCGUCCCCUGGGUGUCACUGGAGUUGCUGGGGAGGCCCUGCCAGUAGAAUGUGAAAAAGACAUCUUUGACUAUAUCCAGUGGAAGUACCGAGAGCCAAAGGAUCGGAGUGAAUAACUGCUUGUCCAGUCUUUUGGCAGGUGCUCAGGUGUGACAGUUGUGCUGCUCUACUGACUUGUGUUUGACAAGACUAACUGAAGCCAUGGUCACAGUGCUAAAGAACUUCUGGAUGUUGGGCAACGUCACGGAGAACUAACUGGCUUGCAGAUUUCAGUCUGGAAAUGUGUGCAGUAAAGCCCAAAAGCACAGCUUGAGGUGCAAAGGCAGCUUUCUCCCUCUUGACCUAUAAGCAGCAUGUGAUCUGCCCUUUUGUCCUUUCUGCAGCCACUCUACCUUGUCCACAGAUUCCUCCUAGCGGCAUUGCCUGUGACAAAUCAAUGUUCAGGAUGCCCUGGCCAUAGACUAGUGACCUUCUUCCCGAGGCUCAUUCUGGCUUUCUUUUAUUCAGCCCUAAAUGUCCUACUGAAAUGAUUUAAGAGAUCUAGAGCAAACCCUAAGGUUUUCAUGUUUUCCCGUGUAAGGAAGACAGCGCGUUACACGGUUGUGCAUGCUAAAGUGUGGUUUCUUUUAGACAAGAGUCCUCCCUUGCCAGUUCAGAACAAAUUUCUGUCUCCUUUGUGGGUGUUUCUCUUACGCGGGAACUAACCCUUCUUUACUGGCAAAGCGUCUAUUACAAGUCUGUCGAGGUAUGCAGAGAUCUUGUAAAUGUAGAAAUUCCUAGUGUACAUAAAAGCAUUAUUUUCUGCUUCCUCUGCUGUAGAGCUUGCUGUUUUAAAAGUGGUGUGCUUUUCUUUUACUAAAUAAUACACCUGCUGACGUCUUCCCUGUAGAGUUUGUCCAAACGAAACUGGCUGCAAAAACCGCUGUUGUGGCUGUUAAAACCACAAGGAUGUGUGCCUGUGUAGAGACUGUCCUUACACAAUUGCCUCUGUCUUUGCUCUUUUAUAUCUUUGAUUAGAGUGCAGUUGCAUGUUCUGGAGAGCUCACUGGAAAAGUUCUCCAGAAUAGUUUUUCUACGUAUCCAUUUCUCCAGUUGGGUAAGCAGCUGCGUGAGUACUUGCAGUUCUUAAGUCUCUGCGCCUGGCUCUUAGUGUAAUGGGCUUUGAGUGGUAUGGCAAUGCAGAUGACCGAUUGCAAUAGCAGGGUGCUCCCAAGAGCUUUGUGUUGCCUGAAGAUAGCAGUGAUAGCAGAAAGCAGUCUGUUUCUCUAUUUUCAUCGAAGAACAUCACUGUGAUUACUGUUGUAGGAAUUCUGCAGUUAUCCCACUCCUCAUAACUGAGUCUAAAAAGAACGUUGUCAUUGCAUGUGGCACAACGUGGAGGUUAUGUUUGUAGACGUAGGCUUCUGCCAGAAUGCAUCUUGGCUUUACUUGCAAAGUAAAGGAAAUACCAAUACAAAACAGCACUGUGGGUGUACCUCUGCUAAUUCAGUGUCGGAGGAGGCAGCUGGGAGUAAAGAGCCAUGUUUCAGAUGUGCUGUGGAAGGAAGAGGAGAAAUGGUACUGAGUUUCCCUAGAGUGUAAAGAAAAGGGGUUGAGAAUUCUAAUGAAAGACGCUACAGUCUCUGAAUAGUGUUGGUACUUUGUCUUGUGGUGCAUUUGUCCCGAUACCUUGAGAGAAAAAAUCAACCUAUCUUUCUUUUUCUCCUGAUAUUUUUAAACAUUGACAGAUUUAUACCCGCAUAAACUUUUAGACAGAAAGAUCCAUUCUCAAAGGUCACAGAUCCUAUUUUUUUUAUGUGUUUCUCUUUUUUUGGACAUCAAACCCUGAUCCAAAAAUGUCGAGUGAUGAAGAAUAAGCGAAGCCUCUAGUUUUUAGCACUUUUUUUUUUAAAUAAAACCACCAAAAACCCCAGCCACCCAAUUUAAAUAAUAUAUACAAUUGUCUAAUGUAGGCUUUUAACAGACAACCUUUUAAUCUAUCAGCAACAACCCUGCUUCUGAAGACAGAAUGCACCUCUUCUCUUGGUUAGCCAGCCUUCUUGUAAAGAGAUUAAAAUUUUUAACUAAUGUAGGCAUUUGCCUGCUCGGAACUGCAUAUUGGUUUGCUUGAUCUUUCUGCUGAUCUGUGUCUAGUUCUUUGUAUGUUUAUGUAUGCAUAGGCACCAGAAUGAGAAAGCUGGCUAUGUCCUGAAGUACUCCUAGAGAAUACCAUUUUCAACUCCUAUCUGUAUACCUUUAUCCCUGCUAAGUGUCCUGAUGCAGUGCUGAAGCUCAUGCUAAGCUCUUUCUGUGUCCAUCCUUCUAAAACCUUACAAUAUGGCCAUAUGGCAAUAUGGCCACAACGUGACCAUUUUCCCAUUGCGUGUGACCCAUGUUCUUUGUUCCUAGUAUCAGUUGCAGUCUAUAUUUUGUCCAACUUGCCAUCACCCAGAAGACUGGUCUGGUUAAUGGAUGCAUGUCCACCACUCCUAUAGAGUCAAUCUGUCCUUUUUGUAUGCAAACCUGUCAGCUCUGGUUUUUAUAGCUCCUCUUAAAACACUGUGAAAGGUAAUGAGUAUUUUGGAUGUGAGAGGAGGUCCCAUCAAGAUUGCAUUACUAGUUGUAUUUGGGACAGGGAUUCUGUUGGUUAACUUAAACUAGUUUUAAGAAGCAAACUGCUAACUUUGAUGUAUUAUAGAGCAUCAGCAUGAGAUGAAUUGCUAUUACUGUAUUUGAAUACCUUGUAGAAAUGUAAGGCAAACGUAUUGCAGAAUUGCAAGCUUGAAAAGGUAAGACUAUUUUAUACAUAGUCAAAUUGACUGUUGCUAAUUUAUAUAACACUUUUCUUGACCUGUUAAUGAUUAGGUCCUCUGUCUGCCUUUAUGGGGGCAGAGAAGAGUUUGCAUCUGUAUUGUCAGACUGCUUAAUGUGACUUGAAUCAUAAAACAAAGACGGAUGUAAUACUGGUUCUUAUUUUCAUCUGACUUAAGCCUACAGGACAACUACAUUUUUACUUGUUCUUAUAUAAUUAGUGUUGAUCAGCCUUAAUAAUGGAGAUUAUAGACUGAUACUCUUGUUUAUACCUUUAUUUUCUUCUGGCUUUUCUAUUGGGAGUUUAAUUAUUUUCUGGAAAUGUUCCCCAGGCCUAAUGCAUGCAGUGGUAUGUAAGGUGACUAGAAGUUAACUUGGUACUAUGUGAAGUCUUCUGAUGCCUCAUAGUAAAAACAUAUAUAGGUGAUGUAGUCAAUAUUUUCUUCAAUAAUCAAUGGGAAUAAACAAAGUGAUAAUUCUA